AUGACGACCGCACCACACAUGCCGGCAAAGGCGCACAGUUCUGACGACGUGCACGCACGACCAAAGGGUAUAUCCAAACCACGUCCACAGCUGCAACAAACGAAACUAACGGGUCCUCUCGAAGGCAUCCUCAAGAACUCCAACUCCUUCACCGGACAAGCUCCCUCUCCCAUGACAGCUACCUCCCCACCCUCCGUACCAAUAAUUUCCGAGCCCGAAGAAACAAAAGAACUCACCCUCCAAAAUACCCUGCAAAACGCAGGCCGCCGGAGAUCCUCCUCAACAACCGGCCCAGGAACAAACUCGCGCCGCCAGUCCGCCGCCAGCGGCAUUGACGAGAACGAACCCCGCCUCAAAUGGGAUGAAGCAAACCUUUACCUAACCGAGCAAGAGCGCACAGCAAAGAUGAAGAUCGACGAGCCAAAGACCCCAUACGCCCCGCACUAUGACCCCGCCGAAGACGACGAACAAAUCCGCCUCGACGAGGCUCAGGAAUCCCUCCUGGACGCGCAGGGUAUUGUCGUCGACGAGCUCGAGCUGGCCAAGCCCUCGCACCGCAAGGGUGUUUCCGAAGACGAUAUUCCGGAUUUCGAACUUGGUGAGCCGGAGGAGAACUUCCAAUCUGGCGCAUCAUCCGAUGAUCCUCGUGUCUUCCGCGACCGCAGUAUGAGUAUGGACUCGCACAAGAGUGAGAAGCAUGUUCAUGUCGGGGGUGGAGCGAAUGGUGCUGAUGCGCCUGUUGAUGAUCCGCUUUUGAGUACUGAGGAGGCUCGUGAGAAACAUCGUCAUUUCGAGGAGCAGCGGAAGAAGCAUUAUGAGAUGCGGAAUAUUAAGGAAUUACUUGCUCACCCUGAGGAUAUGGACGAGGAAAUGGACGAUGAUGAUGGAUCCGAGCCUGGUCCUCCCCCUCCUAUGCCUCCUAUGCCUCAGCGAUUCCGCAGUGGACAAUAG